CACUAAGCUCCGUUACACAGACAGUCACAGAAAAGUCGACGAGACCAAGAGCCGCCGAGAGCUCCUUUAGGGUCCUCUUUAGAAGCGGCCAGUUUAAAAGUUACCAAGUGACGGAUUAAUAAUCGGUGUGUGACACUCUCUCCCAUCAAACAUGAAGUCCGCAUUCAUCGUCAUGGCAACUACGCUCUGCGUGGUUUUAGUCACCUCGCAUCCGCUUCCUUCGGAAGAUGAACAUCUUCGAUCCGAGACACUCGAUCGGUUGAUGAUGAUCGAAGCCGACAACGAGGCCGCCCUACGGAGCAAAAGGACGAUCGGUAUCCUGCGGGAAUUGUUCCCCGAAAUAUCUCAGGACGUGAAUCCGGAGGCAGAGGACAGAGCGAACGAGGUAGCGGCGGAGUCUCAAAACAACGAGGUCAAAGUGCAGUUUGCCGACGAGCAGGGAACCGACGACUCGGCGCAGUUGACGCCACUGGACGAGGUGGAAACCGAGGACGACGAGAACAGAAACAAGAGAUUUCUCAACUUUGGGUUCGGUGGUUCCGCGUCCAACGGCGGCAGCGGAGCCGGCUCUGGCAAUUUCCUCUUCGACAUUAUCAGGCAAGCGGCCGACGGGGCGGCAAGAGCGGCGGGCACGGUGUACCGCGUGGUGGCAGGUACGCAGAGCCUAGGGCUCGGCUUAAGCGCCUCUCGGGACUUGGGCCCGGCUCCCCAAGAUGCCGCCCCUGCUGCCGCUCCAGCUGGUUCCGCGACCACGGCAGGAUCCUCGACCAGCGCACCGGCCGCGUCAGGAGCCGGCAACCUACCACCGCUGGUGGCAGGGAGCGGAAGUCAAGCUAGUUCCUCGGGAGGCAUAGCCGGUAAAGUGGAAGAAACCCCAGAGGCGGUCCCGGGUCCGGUCACAAGGCUCUUCGUCAUCGCGAACAGAGGGAUCUCGAAUCUCCUGCAAGACCUUAUCCUUCGCUUAGCGGCAACGAGCGAACGCAUCGUAAACUUCAAGGCGAGACUGAUCACUUCCAUCAUCUAGAACUCGGUGCGAAAGGACUAGGGUGAGCAAGUACAAGAAAAGAUUCGGUGGUCCUGAUUUAGUCGGGCCACGUUGGAGCCAUCGCCGAGCCGUAGCUGUCGCGGAACACGGGUACGACGUUGGCAACGUAACCAGCCAACACGUUGCCCCCUUGUCCCCGAGAUCCGAAGUGUUAUUCGUCGAUGGUAGAAUCGUCCUCGUAAUAAAGCGCAACCUCGCGACUUUACUUUUGCAAUCGAAAUCACGAGUCAGAUCGCGAUCCCGUCUCCUCGUUCUCUCUGUUCUCUUCUGCUUCGCUGUUCUUAUUUUACUGUCACCUUUUAUCCUCAGUCUCUCGUCCUCCGAUGUCUCUGCAACACUUCUCCCUCUAUUCGUUCCCCCACUAUUUUUCUGUCUCUCAUUUCUAUAACUAAUCUUUUGAAACUUAUCCAAUUUCUGUGUAAAUGUAGCGGAUACAUAAGUCGCGUGGUCAAAAGUCGACGACCGUCGCAGGAAUGAGUUGCAAAAUGGAACUCGAUACGUGUUUGAAAUCGUAAAUCUACCCGCGACUGGAUACAAAUAUUUGGUUAAAAUACGAAAUUGAUGACAUGCGAUAUUGAACUGCACGGCAGCCGUAUUCAAAGCGUAUCUUCCUGUCGACGUUCGACUUUGACAUCUCGUCCUUUCGUUGGAUCGCGUAAAGCUGACAAGGGAUUCGCGAGAACUUGUAUAUAGCUCUUCUCGGAAUGCAAUAGUGCCAAGCAUUGACUUUUCGUUUUUUCUUCUUACGAUCUACCUAUAUAGGUUUCCUUUUAAUUUAGCAGCCCUUGUUUCCUCGGCUGUUGUUUCUCUAAGGGCUGCUAACGCGGCUACGAUUACGGUGAAACUGCUGAGUUAAUGAACCUUCGUGUCCUUUGUACAGAAACAGGCGUAACUUCAAGUUCUCUUUUGUAGACUUGAAGUAAACCGAUAAUGCUUCGCCAUACCGUUUGUAAUAUAUUGUUCGUCAAAGGUUCGUCGCAUUCGACUCGAACUUGUAACGAUACCAUUCCCUUUUUAAACUUC